ACUCUCAAACCCCGCCCUUCAGGAUGUAUUUCUGCAUACGCCGGAUUUUGACAAAAAGCUUUUUCAGCAGGCAAGAUACACAUUUUCAAAUCUUAUAAAAUAAACUCUUGUUGUUGUUUCUGUUGCGGUCAAUUCAGUAUUAAUAAAGAAAGCUAUAACUUCACAAGAGCUGAACUACAAGUCCCAUAAAGUACCUCUUGUUGCCAUGGUAACUGACUUGUUGUGUCUGCGACGAGUAAAUAUUUGGCGACGCACUUUUAUCAUUCGCAGACUAUAAUUCACCAUUAUUAUCGAUUACAGGUGUUAAUAUGAAUGAAGCCCCAGUGGAUUUAUCUUUCAAAAACAUCAUCUGUUUGGCAGACACAUGGAAAGAGGAGCCAAGCAGGGGUUUGCGACCUUCAAAGAGAAACUCUGAGAUGAAGUAUGAAAGCCGCUCACUGCGUCUCAAUAACAACAACAUCACUGAACUUCAUGACCUCCAGGUGACUGUCAGUCACUUCCUGGCUGAGCCAUCACAGCUCACCUGGCUGGACCUUUCCUUCAACAAAAUCUCACACAUAGAUCAAGUUUUGUGCGACCUCAAGGAAUUGCGUGUGUUGUAUCUUCACGGCAACAGCAUUUAUAUUCAGUCGGAGGUGGACCGGCUGGGGUUGCUCCCACAUCUUCACACCCUCACACUGCAUGGAAACGUCAUUGAGACCAACAAGGCAUACAGGACUCGUAUCAUUUCUGCUCUGCCUGGGUUAAAGAGGAUGGACUUCAGUGCAGUAACACAACAGGAGCGAGUGCUGGCAAAGAUUUGGUGUCACAGCAACAACAGGCGCAGCCGCGGCAGAAAGGAGACUCUCCAGUGACAGCUGGGUGAUCGCCAUCAUGGUGUGUUGGGAGGUUCAAAGUCACCCAAAUGUCCUGUGCACCACAUCUACUGCUGCUACUCUGUCUGUGCAUCUGUGGGGGAAUCAUCAGUUCUACUGUGUAAUAUAUUAGCCCUGUUGAUCCGAAGUGGGACAAUUUUAUUUUUGGAAUGAAAGAGGUAAACUGGUUGAAACUGCCAUUAAGUUUUAUAAAUGAUGCAAUAAAUGCCCCUAAAGGAUCCUGAUAUAAAUUGGCUCUGACAUGCUGUAAUUGAUCCGUUUUUGUCAGAAAUGCAAACUGUUAUGGAUCAAAGUAUAUAAUUACAAAGAUUCAGACAAGCUAAUUGAAUCACUGACUGUGUAUCAUUGCUAAAGCAACUAUUCUUCAGAUAGACACAUGCAGAUUUGUUUUUAAAACACAACUGUUCAGUUGAAAAUCUUUAAUGAAUUUAUUAAACCAAAAAAUAAACACAAAAUCUUAAAACUUUUUGGUACUAGCCUAAGAUAUUACAAACAUAUUUUAGGUAGUAGAACACAUGUGAGUAACCAACAAAACAGAAAAAAUGCCAAGAACCCAUUGCAAAAAAGCUCAAAUCAGAAGCGCAGUUGAAAUAAUCACAGCCUUGCAGAUCAUCCCUUCUUAGAGACUCAAGAGCGACUCACUGUGCUCCCUGCCCACGAGUACAGUCACAUGCUCUCCUCCAAAGAGCAAAUAUACACUUAAAAAACACAAAUAAAUUAUCACAAAAAGGUCUCAGAUCAUUUUAUCUGCGAUGGUACAUAGAUUGUUAAUGCUUUCCCACUCUGCUACAACAUAAGUUUCUGAUUAUUAUGGACAACUUGAUCUUUUAACAAAAUGAGAUCUGAAAAGCUAACAAAGGCGAGCCUUUAAAAGUGUU